AUGGAUACAAGAUUCUUGUACCCCUUGGAAAGCUGUAAAAUCAUCCACUUGUUGAGACAUGGACAAGCGGAGCACAAUGUAGAAGCCGAAAAGGAUAGGAAUGCGUUGUUGUCUCCUCAUCUUUUUGACGCUCCACUUACUGAUCAUGGUCACCAACAGGUUGAGAACCUCCGCGAACGUGUUGUUUCAAGUGGGCUACUAAAGAGGGUUGAGCUAGUUGUAACUUCUCCUUUGUUGAGAACUAUGCAAACUGCGGUUGGAGUUUUUGGAAAUGAAGAUAACCAACCAAAUAUGAUAAGCAAACCUUCCAUUUUGGCACUUGAGGUUGCUCGAGACCGUAAUGGAGUUCGCCCUCCUGAUAUGAGAAGAAACGUGAGCGAGUAUCAAACUAUUUUUCCCACCAUUGAUUUCUCUCAGAUUGAAAGUGAAGAAGACAAUCUGUGGAGGCCCGAUGUCCGAGAAUCUGAGGAAGAGAUUUUGGCAAGAGCGUUACAAUUCAUGAAAUGGUUAUGGAAGAGACCAGAGAAGGAGGUUGCGGUUGUCAGCCAUGGCAUAGUUUUGCAGCAUAUGUUGUAUGUGUUCGCAAACGAUUGUGACGUGUCAGUUAGACAUGAACUUUGCAAGAGGUUUGCUAAUUGCGAAAUUCGCACUGUUGUGAUUGUAGACAAAAGCCUUUGUUCUUCUACGGAGAAUUGAUUCCAAGGAGAAAUUUCAAAGAGUUUACAGAACCUUUAUUAAAACCAUUGUUGAAGAAGUUAUUUAAUAUUUAUUUAAUAUUUUAUUCUUGAAGUUCAGUAUUGUUGAGCUUCUUCUAUUUGCCUGAGCCCCCUCGCUUAUCCAUUUUCCGUCUUCUGCAUUUUUAGAAAUUGUAUUGAAUAAAUAGACAUUUUCGGUUAAUAUACACAGUA